AUGUUUACACAGGCUCAUCAGAUUGACCGACAGUUUGGAGCAGGCUCACUUCUCCGUCACUUCUCGAAAUGGUUGAUUGUGCUGACCCGUGGAGAGGUGGACUCACUGAUACUUGACGAUGUUCUGUUUGACAACGUGGCUGUGACGACAUUACAGGCAAUGGGAAUGCCAGUGGAAAUGUGGGAAACAUGUGAGAAGAAAAUCGUCAAUGGAACAUUCACCUAUACCGGAUUUUGUGACUACAUCCUGUCUUACCUCUCUAGAUCUAUGAAUUUCAGUUACACGUAUAUUGAACCAGAGGACAAAUCCUGGGGCGUGCAGCAUGAGGAUGGAUCGCCUACAUUACCAGCCACAGACUCACAGCGUACCUUGCUAUGUUUCUGGUGGAUAUUUUGCAUCCUCAUCACGUCUGUAUACUGUGGGAACUUUGCUGCCUACCUGUCUGUUGCCAAAGAGGACAUCCCCUUCACAGGGCUGGACGACCUGCUGGAAAGCGGAUAUGACGUGGGUGUUAGCAGUGGUGUUGUAGCAGAAGCAAUAUUUAAGGAUUCCGAUCUACCUCUCUACCGACGAAUAGGGCAGAAAAUUCGAGAGCAUCAACGUGAGAACAUGACACCUACUGAAGAUUUCAAGUACCACUAUGACAGGCUGAUACAGGGUGACUAUGCUCUCAUAGCAACCACAAUCCGCAUCAGAGGAUACACUGCUAAUAGAUGUGACAUUGCGGCAACAGAUAAUCCCUUUUUCCAGAGAUAUCUAUCAUUUGUGAUCCCUAAGUACUCACCUCUUGCUGGACUCUUAGAUCAACGGUUCAAGAUAUCAUGA